AUGAAGAUGAUCCUGGUGCGCAGGUUCCGCGUGCUCAUCCUGAUGGUGUUCCUGGUGGCCUGCGCGCUGCACAUCGUGCUGGACCUGCUGCCCAAGCUGGAGGGGCGCGGCGCGCGGCCCUCAGGGGAGCCCGGCUGCUCGUGCGCGCAGCCCGCGGCCGACGCGGGGGCCCCCGGCUGGGCCAAGGCCCGCGGCCGCCCGGGGGAGCAGCCGGCGGCCGCCUCUGCCGGGGACGCGGGCUGGCCCAACAAGCACACGCUGCGCAUCCUGCAGGACUUCAGCUCCGACCCCUCCUCCAACCUCACGUCCCACUCGCUGGAGAAACUGCCGCCCGCGGCCGAGCCCGCCGAGGGCGCCUUGCGCGGCCGGGACCCCGGCGCCCCGCGACCCCGCGACCCCGCGCACCGGCCGCUGCUCCGGGACCCCGGCCCCCGGCGGUCGGCGCCGCCCCCUGGCCCGAGCGGAGACGGCUCCCUGCUGGCCAGGCUGUUCGAACACCCGCUGUACCAGGUCGCACUCCCGCCGCUGACGGAGGACGACGUCCUCUUCAACGUGAACAGCGACAUCAGGUUCAACCCCAAGGCGGCCGCCGCGGCAGAGAGCCCCGACUGGCCCCGCGAAGGAGCCGAGGAUGAGGAAUUCUCCCCCACGGGGGAGGCGGCCAUCGACUCCUACCCCAACUGGCUCAAAUUCCACAUCGGCAUCAACCGGCACGAGCUGUACUCCAGGCACAACCCGGCGAUCGAGGCCCUGCUGCGUGACCUUGGGGCUCAGAAGAUAACCAGCGUUGCCAUGAAGUCAGGGGGCACGCAGCUCAAGCUCAUCAUGACGUUCCAGAACUACGGGCAGGCGCUGUUCAAGCCCAUGAAGCAGACGAGGGAGCAGGAGACGCCCCCCGACUUCUUCUACUUCUCCGACUAUGAGAGGCACAACGCGGAGAUCGCGGCCUUCCACCUGGACAGGAUCCUGGACUUCCGCCGCGUGCCGCCCGUGGCCGGCAGGAUGGUCAACAUGACCAAGGAGAUCCGGGACGUCACGCGGGACAAGAAGCUGUGGAGGACGUUCUUCAUCUCCCCAGCCAACAACAUCUGCUUCUAUGGGGAGUGCUCCUACUACUGCUCCACGGAGCACGCGCUGUGCGGGAAGCCGGACCAGAUCGAGGGCUCGCUGGCCGCCUUCCUGCCCGACCUCUCACUGGCCAAGCGGAAGACCUGGCGCAACCCCUGGCGGCGCUCGUACCACAAGCGCAAGAAGGCCGAGUGGGAGGUGGACCCCGACUACUGUGAAGAGGUGAAGCAGACGCCGCCCUACGACAACAGCCGCCGCAUCCUGGACGUGAUGGACAUGACCAUCUUCGACUUCCUCAUGGGGAACAUGGACCGGCACCAUUACGAGACCUUCGAGAAGUUCGGGAACGAGACCUUCAUCAUCCACCUGGACAACGGGAGAGGGUUUGGAAAAUAUUCGCACGACGAGCUGUCCAUCCUGGUGCCUCUACAGCAGUGCUGCAGGAUCAGGAAGUCCACGCACCUGCGGCUGCAGCUGCUGGCCCGGGAGGAGUUCAAGCUGAGCCUGCUGAUGGCGGAGUCGCUGCGGGGCGACCUCGUGGCACCCGUGCUGUACGGGCCGCACCUGGAGGCGCUGGACCGGCGGCUGCGCAUCGUGCUGCAGGCCGUCAGAGACUGCGUGGACAAGGACGGGCUGCCCAGCGUGGUGGAGGACGACCUGGGCCCCCCGCACAGAGGCUCCGCCCGGAGGUAGUGACCGCGAGCCGCCGGCCGGCCAGCCGCCAAGGGGGACACGCGCCCGCCGCACAGCCGGGACCUCCGGGCGGACGGGCUGCUCCCGGCCGGGGCCGUGGGUCCAACAGGACUCGCCUGACUCUUUUCCGAGACAAGAGGCCAGGAGGCGGCCGGCGCCCCGUGUCAAGAGGAAGCCCCGUGACCACCUUGGUCCACACGGGGCGUAAACGGAGGGCCCGCCGUGCGGCCCAGACCGCCCCCCGCUCGCGGGACCCAAACUGAGACGAACUCCUCCUCCCGGGCCCCGGGGGCACUCGGGGGCCGUGUCCUCUGACACCAGGAGGCUCCGAGCGACAUAACGACCAGUCACUCCGUUCCACGGCGGCCGGGCCCCGGUGGCGGGUGUGACCGCGUCCCCGAGAGCAGAGCCGCCGUCCUGGCCACGUUUUGUGGGGUCGUCUCAAUGUGGUAAAAGUACAAUAAAGAGACAGCAGACACGUCGGGGCCUCGCUGUCC